GAAAAUACACUUAAGGAACAUAGCAAUAUUGAUAAAGAUGCACCUGGUAAUAUUAUUAAAGAAGAUGUAGAGGAUUUAUUUUAUGAGAUAGAUAGUAAUACGACUAUUGAAUUCAAUCUUCCUAAAAAUAUAAAGGAAUACCUCCAAGAUCUACUUAGUGGUAAUAUUGAAAAUGCAUUGUUCAAGAUAGAAAAACCACUCAGUGAUACAAGUCAAUUGUUAUCAUGGAUUAGAGAA